ACCAUACUAUCUGAAACGGCGGCGGCACCUCCAUCCCUCGCCAUCUUUCGUUCGUCGUACUUCCAUCACACAUGUCUGCGUACAAUGUCCUCACCAACAUGCACCUGACGAUGGUCGUCCUGUCGUUCCAAAGCGGGAUCUUCGACACCCUUCGACCGGUAUAUGCGUAUCGCGAGACGAUGCUGCACAAGUGGCCGCGGCUGGCGCACAAGCACAUCGGACACCUCGAGGACCCGCGGUCGGUUCUGUUUCUGCUUAUCGAGCAGAAUCAACUCGAUGGCGUCCAGCGGCUGCUGCGGUGCCGACCCCGCGACUGGCCAACCUCACCUUGGCCAAGGGGCACAUCAUCCAGCCCCACUUUUGUGCUUCGUCCGCACCCGAUGGACUCUGCCGCCGCCCUCGGCCGCGUCGAGAUCUUGAAGUUUCUGCACACAGCGUCCAUUGGACAUUGUACGACCUCGGCCAUGGACUUGGCGGCCCGCAAUGGCCAUUUGGAGGUCGUGAAGUUUUUGCAUCACCACCGACAAGAAGGAUGCACGACAUGGGCGGCGAAUUGGGCGGCCGAGUACGGCCACCUCCAUGUCCUUAGGUUUCUCCUCGACAAUCGUUCUGAAGGGUUUACAGCAUACGCUGUCGCCCACGCCGCCCACGAUUGGAUUCAACGAGCUCUGACUAGUCACAGCAAUAAAAGCCAGAAUUACGACUAUUAUUAAUACUAGUAGUACAAGUAUAUCGCAAUGAAAAUCCU